AUGCUUAACCCCAUCCUAAAUAGCCGAAGCCCAGUGCCGCUCAAAACUAAAAUACAAAUCUACCUCAUGUAUAUCAGACCUCUCCUAACAUACGCCGCCGAGUCCUGGGGCCCUUGCAUUGCGCUCUCAAACUGGAAUCUAAUUGAUUCAGUUCAGACCAGUUGCAUACGGACCAGCGCUGGCCUCAUGAAUUUCGUAUCCAACCAAAACGUUGGAGACUCUUCCAGAAUAAAAACCCUACGUGAAGUAGUCACGGAAAACUCAAAACACCUUCUCAAAUCAUAA